AUGGAUAGUCAUGCUAUUCGAGCUUACAAAUGUGCCAAGUAUAUUCAUGAGGUUAAUGACUCAGCUAUCAAAGAGCAUCUGUGCAAGGCUCUGGUGUUGACAUUACCUAGCUUUGAGAACCCAUUUAAAGUUGAGUGCAAUGUUAGCGGCAUCGGGACUAGAGUUGUUCUGAUGCAAGAGAAGAAACCAGCAGCAUUCUACAGUGAGAAACUCAACGAUGCUCGGCAAAAAUGGUCAAGAUAUGGCCAAAAAUUCUACUCAUUUGAAGUUAGGGGUGCGGUGAAGCAAAGGUUGGACGAGGCCAACGCUUGCUACAAGAUUACAGUUGAUAAAUACAGGCGACCCAAGGAGUUUAUUGAAGGAGACAUGGUGAUGGUGCAUCCCAGAAAGGAAAGGUUUCCUGCUGGAACCUAUGGCAAGUUGUAG